AUGGCACCACCUACUCAUACGAAUUUGAUGCGCGAUUUACUACGAGCGGUACAAGAGUUGAGCAGGCAAAAUCAAGCACCUCCACCACAAAAUGCACCGCCACAGCAGAAUGCACCGCAUUUUGCCCCUGGAGCUGUCUCAGUGGUUGAGCAGUUUCGUAGGGACAAGCCUUCCACUUUCGACGGUAAUUCUGAACCACUGGUUGUCGAAGAGUGGAUAAGAGGCCUGGAGCGCAUAUUUCGACACAUUGCUUGUACGGAUGCACAGAAAUGGGCAUGGGAUUACCUUUUAUACCAACCCUUUUUUCAGCAUCGUGAUAACGAGUUACCAGACCAUGUUGAUGACCUUACUGUAACGCGUUAUGAAAAUAAUAAUAAUGCAGAGUGUGAGGACUCAUCAGGAGUGUGUACAGUUUGCUUGUGCAGAAUUGAUGAAGGGGAUGAGGUUAAACAGCUGAGAUACAACCAUCUGUAUCACAGGGUUUGCCUGGAUAGGUGGGUAGGUUAUGGGCGCAGAACAUGUCCACUUUGCCGGAAUAACCUAAUUCCGUCGCCACUACUGGCCAACCUCCACCAUGCAGAAGGGGAGGUGAUACUUAUUAACCACUGCACCACCAGACCAAGGGACAAGCACCGUACCUGGUGGCUGCGCUAG